AUGAUCCUCUCCGCAUCGGUGAUCCUUACCGUUCGUGGCGUCGAGUGCGAUCCUGCCAACAAUGUGGCUGGACAUGCCAACUUCCUCAGUGGAGUGGCCAAUCAGGUGUCUCAACUUGGACCCAGCUGCCAUGCCACGCCUCGAAGGAGCUUUGACUCCCCGCACUUUACCGGAGCGUCGUUUGACUUGAAAUGCGACGACGCUCUGGACCAGCUCAAUGUGCUCGGGGCCAUCCAAAAGACACCAGGCGUCGGCAAAGCAUGGCCAGUCGGGCGCGUCAAGCACCAGAUGGCAUUGCCGGGCCAGGGCGCAAAGAGUUGGGCGGGUAGCAAAAGGGACGUCGUCGGUGUCGAGCAGAGCGACGCUGCCCGGGCAUUUCCGGUGGACAGCUUCUCCACGCACAAGAUGGGCAACGUCGACCGUCUCCACGAGCAAGGCAUCACGGGCGCCGGCAUCAGGAUAGCCGUGGUGGACUCGGGCUUCGACACGUCGGUGCACGGGCUCAGCGAGACCAAAAUCACCUACUCGGUCGACAUCACGGGCGAGUUCCCAGACGCCAGGGACAACUGCAGCAUUCACGGGACGCACGUGCUCGGCAUCGUGGGGGCCAAGAGCGCCGACAACAUGUACAACGCCACCAGCGACGACCUGAUUGCAGGAUUCACCGAGGCCGCCAAGCGAGGCGUCGACAUCAUCACCUGCUCCUUUGGAGGCGAAGGCGCCUUCCCCGAGGAGCCUUGGGCCCUCGCCGCCACUCGAAUCGCCGAGUCCGGCAUCUACGUCUCGCUCCCGGCGGGCAAUGCAGGCCCAGGCCCCUUUACCGGCGUCAACCCCGCAACAGCCCCGGUCGUCGCCGCCACGGGUUCGGUCGACAACGUCGUAAACCCGUGCCUCCAAUGGCAGGGGUCCGUGACCAAGGACAAUCAAACCACGCCUUUUUCUUUUGUCCCCGGCGGCGAGCUCAACUUUCCCGACACGCCGUUGUACAUAUGGUCGCCCGUCGCGAAGGAAAGGCCCGGCUCUCCGACCGACUGCGCCCUCAUAACAAGCGAUCCCCCCAAGGAUCCCGACAACACCAUCGCCGUCGUCAAUGGGUACCAGUGCUUUGUCGACUCGGACGGAAACGACAUUGCAAUUUCGAAAAAGUACAACAUCCAAUACUUUUUGUAUUACCUGCCCGAGCCGCCAAAGGACCAAACGCCACGCUGCCCGCAAUGGAGCAAUUCAGGCUACAACCAAACCAAGGGCACCCUCCUGACCGGGUACGACUUUGGCGCAGAGAUGCUUGCUGAGAUUGCCCAAGGACGCCAGGCCUCGCUCAAGAUUCCCAACAACCCCGUCGACGGCAAGGUCUCCCUGACCAACAAGCCGUCUCCCAGCGGCGGUUCUAUUACAUAUUACUCGAGCUGGGGCCCAAGCUGGGACGGUCGCACAAUGCCGACUUACAUGGCGCCUGGAUACAACAUCUUGAGCACCUUUCCCAAGCGCAUGGGCAGCUGGGCCGUCAUCGGCGGCACCAGCAUGGCCACUCCUUAUGCCGCCGGCGUUGCCGCGCUACUCAAGCAGCAGUUUCCCAAGAUUACCAGCAGUCAGAUCCAGUCCAUCCUGACCACGACGGCGCAGCCCAUCAAGUUCAACGACCGCCAGUUCAGCAGCUACAGCGGGCCGAUCCGGGACUUUUACGCCCCGAUCCUCCAGCAGGGCGGAGGUCUGCUCGACGCCUACGCGGCCUCCAACACCAAGACCUACGUCAACGUGAGCAACCUCAGCUUCAACGACACGGCCAACCGCGUGCACUCCAUCGCCGUCGAGAUCUCCAACACCGGCACCAAGGAGCUCACCUACAACCUGCAGCACGUCGGCGCCGCCUCUGGCUACUUUAUGAACACCACCGGCGGCAACCAGUACCAGUUCACCUACGCCAUGGGACUGCCCAAGUACGCCGACCUCAAGAUCACGCCCUCCAGCCUGACCCUCGGCCCCGGCAAGACGGCCAGCGUGUCCGUGUCCAUCGCCGCCGAGCCCCACCUCCCCGACGGCGUCUCCUACUUUGGCGGCUACGUGGCCAUCAACGCCACCGGCGCCGGCUCGCCCGCCGAGCACCUGACCAUCCCCUACACGGGCUUCGGCGGCAACCUGACCUCGCUCCCGGCCAUCAACCGGGACAAGACGUACGGCGGGCCCAUCGACCUCAAGACCAACAAGGUGACGCGCGCCGACGCCGGCCGCGUCUACACCUGCGCCUACAACGCGACCGCCAGCUCGCCCUGCACCUUUGCCGACGGCCUGUACCCGGCCCUGUUCGCGACGCUGAUGACGGGCGCGUCGCGCAACAUGACCAUCGACCUGGUCGACCGCAAGACCGGCGUCGCCGUGCUGCCCGACGACAUGUCCAUCGGCUCGUCCGACACGUACGGCCUCAGCAACUACUGGUACUGGGACGGCUCCGACAAAAACCGCACCUACGUCCCGGCCGGCGACUACUUUUGGCGCAUCAAGAUGUUGCGGCUGAACGGCCACAUCGGCGAGGCCAACGCCUGGGACGACGUCGACUUGUCCUGGUUCACGCUGAAGUACACUGCCAACAGCACACUCCCGAAAAAGUAUUGAGAGGUGUUGGGCAUGUCGGUUUGAUGGAUCAUAAUGGGGCUGCGUUGUAGUCUCUGAUCUUUUAGUGUCUCUAGACUUUCAUCUUUACUGAUGCAUGAAUAAUUAAAUUCGACACCUUUUGGUCCACUCGACAAGUACUAGCUGCUGAGGCUGGGGUAUUUAUGCGGAUAACGGGUGUGACAUCAUGUUCUCUGAGGUCUACAAUGUGUUUUCCUACAGAAGAUCUCUAGAAAGUAGCACAAGUGGUCUCAUCCACCGUUUUACUCGCAUGUUCAAGCGAGUAUUAGUUUCAUACAAUAUAAAAUCAAAAAAUAUAGUAAGUAACUUGCUUGCGUCUCCACAUCUGCGCAACACCAGCAUUG